UUCACUGCAUGGUGCAACUCGCACCUGCGCAAGGCCGGCACCCAGAUCGAGAACAUCGAGGAGGACUUCUGCAACGGCCUCAAGCUCAUGCUGCUCCUGGAGGUCAUCUCAGGGGAGAGGCUGCCCAGACCAGACAAAGGCAAGAUGCGCUUCCAUAAGAUCGCCAACGUCAACAAGGCCCUGGACUUCAUCGCCAGCAAGGGGGUGAAGCUGGUGUCCAUCGGCGCCGAGGAGAUUGUGGAUGGCAACCUCAAGAUGACCCUGGGUAUGAUCUGGACCAUCAUCCUCCGCUUUGCCAUCCAGGACAUCUCUGUGGAGGAAACCUCGGCCAAGGAGGGUCUGCUGCUCUGGUGCCAGAGGAAGACGGCGCCCUACCGAAACGUCAAUGUGCAGAACUUCCAUACUAGCUGGAAGGACGGCCUGGCCCUCUGUGCUCUCAUCCACCGCCACCGCCCUGACCUCAUCGACUACGCCAGACUGCACAAGAAUGAUCCCAUUGGCAAUCUGAACACAGCCUUCGAAGUGGCGGAGAAGUACUUGGACAUCCCGAAGAUGCUGGAUGCAGAAGACAUUAUCAACACCCCCAAGCCCGAUGAGAAGGCAGUGAUGACCUACGUCUCCUGCUUCUACCACGCCUUUGCUGGGGCCGAGCAGGCAGAGACGGCCGCCAAUAGGAUCUGCAAAGUGCUGGCUGUGAACCAGGAGAAUGAAAAGCUGAUGGAGGAGAAUGAGAAGCUGGCCAGUGAGCUGCUGGAGUGGAUCCGCCGUACCAUCCCGUGGCUGGAGAACCGCGUGGGCGAGCCCAGCAUGAGCGCCAUGCAGCGCAAGCUCGAGGACUUCCGGGACUACCGGCGUCUGCACAAGCCGCCCCGGGUGCAGGAGAAGUGCCAGCUGGAGAUCAACUUCAACACGCUGCAGACCAAGCUGCGGCUGAGCCACCGGCCCGCCUUCAUGCCCUCCGAGGGCAAGCUGGUCUCGGACAUCACCAACGCGUGGCAGGGGCUGGAGCAAGUGGAGAAGGGCUACGAGGAGUGGCUGCUCUCUGAGAUCCGGCGUCUGCAGAGGCUCCAGCACCUGGCCGAGAAGUUCCAGCAGAAGGCCUCCCUGCACGAAGCCUGGACCCAGGGGAAGGAGGACAUGCUGAACCAGCGUGACUACGAGUCGGCCUCGCUGCACGAGGUGCGCGCCUUGCUGCGGCGCCACGAUGCCUUCGAGAGCGACCUGGCUGCCCACCAGGACCGCGUGGAGCACAUCGCCGCGCUGGCCCAGGAGCUCAAUGAGCUGGACUACCACGAGGCAGCCUCAGUGAACAGCCGCUGCCAGGCCAUCUGCGACCAGUGGGACAACCUGGGCACACUGACCCAGAAGAGACGUGACGCGCUGGAGCGCAUGGAGAAGCUUCUGGAGACCAUCGACCAGCUGCAGCUGGAGUUUGCACGGAGGGCCGCACCCUUCAACAACUGGCUGGACGGUGCCGUGGAGGACCUGCAGGACGUGUGGCUGGUGCACUCGGUGCAGGAGACCCAGAGCCUGCUGACAGCGCAUGAGCAAUUCAAGGCCACGCUGCCCGAGGCUGACCGAGAGCGAGGUGCCAUCCUGGGCAUCCAGGGAGAGAUCCAGAAGAUCUGCCAAACGUAUGGGCUGCGGACUAGCACCACCAACCCCUACAUCAUUCUCAGCCCACAGGACAUCAAUGCCAAGUGGGACCUAGUCCGAAAGCUGGUGCCCAGCCGUGACCAGACACUGCAGGAAGAGCUGGCCCGGCAGCAGAUGAAUGAGAGACUCCGAAGACAAUUUGCAGCCCAGGCCAAUGCCGUGGGGCCCUGGAUCCAGGGGAAGGUGGAGGAGGUGGGGCGCCUGGCGGGGGGACUGGCCGGCUCGCUGGAGGAGCAGAUGGCAGGGCUCCGGCAGCAGGAGCAGAACAUCAUUAACUACAAGGGCAACAUUGACCGGCUAGAGGGCGACCACCAGCUGCUGCAGGAGAGCCUGGUGUUUGAUAACAAGCACACGGUCUACAGCAUGGAGCACAUCCGCGUGGGCUGGGAGCAGCUGCUCACCUCCAUUGCCAGCACCAUCAACGAGGUGGAGAACCAGGUACUGACCCGAGAUGCCAAGGGCCUGAGCCAGGAGCAGCUCAACGAGUUCCGGGCGUCCUUCAAUCACUUUGACCGGAAGCGGAACGGGGUGAUGGAGCCGGAUGACUUCCGGGCUUGUCUCAUCUCAAUGGGCUACGACCUGGGGGAAGUGGAAUUUGCCCGCAUCAUGACCAUGGUGGAUCCCAACGCCACUGGGGCCGUGACCUUCCAAGCCUUCAUCGAUUUCAUGACCCGAGAGACAGCCGAGACGGACACGGCCGAGCAGGUCAUGGCCUCCUUCAAGAUCCUGGCGGGAGACAAGGUGAGUGCCAGGUGGGGGCCGGCGGGCUGGGGCAGGACGCAGGAGCCAAGGUUCUUCUCUUUUCCCUCCCAGAACUACAUCACCCCUGAGGAGCUGCGGCGGGAGCUCCCGGCCGAGCAGGCCGAGUACUGCAUCCGCCGCAUGACACCCUACAAGGGCCCCGGGGCUCCCGUUGGAGCGCUGGACUACGUGGCCUUCUCCAGCACGCUCUACGGGGAGAGCGACCUCUGACCUCGGCCCUGGGGGUCCCUGCUCCAGAGCUGCUCGCUCGCUCCGCUCAGCCCGGGGAAUCCCAUCUAGCCCCCGUCCAGUGUUUCUGAAUAAAGAUUCACCUGCAUGCC